AUGCCUGUCACAUCUCAUCUCAGAUCCGCCAGCCGGGUGGCACAGCUCGCCGGCCAUGUGCAUGUGAACUCGACGCGCCGCUUCGGAACCAGCCCAGCUCUGCGCAAGGAGCUUCAGGAUGCCUACAUUCUGAGUGCCGCCAGAACCCCCACUGCCAAGUUCAAUGGCGCCUUCUUGACAGUGUCAGCACCGAAGCUCGGUGCCGUCGCCAUCAAGUCUGCCAUCGAGAAGUCCAAUGUUCCUAUUGAGAAGAUCACCGACGUCUACAUGGGCAACGUCCUCCAGGGUUCCGUAGGCCAGGCGCCUGCUCGCCAGGCUGUCAUCUUUGCCGGCCUGCCCGAGUCGGUCGAGGCCACCACCAUCAACAAGGUCUGCGCUUCCGGCCUCAAGUCGGUGGCCCUUGCUGCGCAGAACAUCCAGCUGGGUCUGGCAGAAGCCCAAGUCGCCGGUGGAAUGGAGAACAUGUCCCAGGUUCCCCUCUACGUACCGCGCGCCAGCGGACUCCCCGCCUUCGGACACGUCAAGAUGGAGGACGGCCUCAUCAAGGACGGCUUGACCGACGUCUACGAUCAGUUCCACAUGGGCAACUGCGCCGAGAACACCGUCAAGAAGUUCAACCUCACCCGCGAGCAGCAAGACGAGUACGCCAUACGGUCUUACAAGAAUGCUCAGAAGGCCUGGGCGGACAAGGCGUUCGCCGAUGAGAUCGCUCCCGUAACUGUCAAGACCCGCAAGGGCGAGGUCGUCGUUGACACCGAUGAGGGCUUCUUGGACGUCAAGUUCGACAAGAUCCCCACUCUCAAGCCCGCCUUUGUCCGUGACGGAUCUGGUACCGUCACCGCGGCGAACUCUUCGACGCUCAACGAUGGUGCCAGCGCCCUCGUCCUCGGUAACAAGGCCAUUGCGCAGCAGUAUGGCUCCAGCUCCCGCGUCCUUGCCAAGAUCUGCGGCUACGCCGAUGCUGCCAUGAGCCCCAUCGACUUCCCAGUUGCGCCUUCAAAGGCAGUGCCUAUUGCGCUCGAGCGCGCAGGUAUUACCAAGGACCAGGUGGCCCACUGGGAGUUCAACGAGGCCUUUGCCGCUGUGAUCCUCGCCAACUCCAAGAUUCUCGGACUCGAGGGUGCCAACGUCAACCCUCUCGGCGGUGCCAUCUCACUGGGACAUGCUCUGGGAAGCUCUGGUUCCCGAAUCCUGACGACCCUUUUGCAUCAGCUCAAGCCUGGUGAGUAUGGCGUUGCAGCAAUUUGCAACGGCGGUGGUGCGGCGACCGCCCUUGUGGUGCAACGCAUCGAAUCGGUAUAA